CCCCUUUCCUUCAAAAAAAAAAAAAAAAACAAAAAAAAAAAAAAAAAGUGUAGAAACGAAGAAAUAUUUGAGCUUUCAGUUCUAAUUGUAUUGUCUUCAAAGAAGAAAAUUGAAUUUCUGGGUUGAAUUUGAUUUCUGGGUUCAAACUACUUCUAGACUCAAAUGUCGUGGGCCGGUCCUGAAGAUCUGUAUCUUUCAACUUCUCUCGCCAGUUAUCUUGACAGAAAGAUUCUUGUUUUACUACGAGAUGGAAGGAAACUCUUAGGGACACUUUGUUCAUUUGAUCAAUUCGCGAAUGCUGUUCUUGAAGGUGCAUGUGAAAGAGUCAUUGUCGGUGACCUUUAUUGCGACAUCCCAUUAGGUUUGUAUGUAAUCCGUGGGGAGAAUGUGGUCUUGAUUGGUGAGCUGGAUGCGGAAAAAGAAGAUCUCCCCCCUCAUAUGUCACGUGUAUCAGUUGCUGAGAUCAGAAAGGCACAAAAAGCAGAAAGGGAUGCCUCUGAUCUUAAAGGCCUAAUAAGAAAGAGGAUGGAGUUUCUCGAUAUGGACUGAAACGUGUGUAUUGCUGGUAUUCAGAGAGUUGUUUUUCCUUGUCAACACCAUGCCACAUUGUCUGCUAGUCGGUCUGAAUAUUCAAAAGACCAAGAUUUUGCAAUGGAUGAUGUGCCACGGUAUCAGCAAGCAGUGUUGCUUAGAUGCUAAUCUGUACAAGGUUGUGUAGAAUUAACAAUUAUUAGUUGAUGGCUGCUUUAUAUGGUCCUAAAUUACCUCCUGGGAGUGUUUAACCUCCUGUUUUAUUUCCGUGUUGGUUCAUUUCUUCGAUUUAAUGAGCACAGAUGAGUGCCUGAACCUUUGUUUAACCUUUUAGUAUACUGGAGUAGGCUCUCAUCUACUACUUCAUAUAAUGUUGAAUCGAUCCGACUUGUGAAGAAUUAUACACUUUUGAAGAUCUCAGUAUUUUUAGUAGAUUCAGCCAUUUGAUGAGCAGCAGAAAA